AUGGCCUCGAACGGUGAUAUUCCUCCCGCCGAGUCGGCGACCGUCAACACCAACAUCGUGACUUUGACGCGUUUCUUGACGGAAGAGCAGACAAAGGUCAAGGAGGCAACCGGAGACUUCACAUUACUAUGCCACGCCCUGCAGUUCUCGUUCAAAGCCAUCUCGUACUACAUCCGCAGAGCCACUCUCGUCAACCUGACUGGUCUGGCCGGCCAAUCGAACGCAACCGGCGACGACCAGAAAAAGCUCGACGUCAUUGGCAAUGACCUCUUCAUUGAGGCCAUGAGGUCCUCUGGAAAGUGCUCCCUGUUGGUCUCUGAAGAGGAGGAGGAUGUCAUUUUCUUCAAGGACAAGACCAAUGCCAGAUACGCCGUAGCCUGCGACCCCAUUGAUGGUAGCUCCAACUUGGACGCCGGUGUGUCCGUGGGAACCAUCUUCGGUAUCCACAAGCUGGCUGAGGGGUCCACCGGCACCAAAGAGGAUAUCCUGAAGCCUGGAACCGAGCUCUUGGCCGCUGGAUUCACCAUGUACGGUGCUUCGGCGCAACUGGUCAUCACCAUGCGAGGCGGCACCGUCAAUGGUUUCACGCUGGACAACUCGUUCGGCGAGUUCAUCCUGACCCACCCCGAUAUGAAGAUCCCCAAGAGCCGCGCCAUCUACUCGUGUAACGAGGGUAACUCGUUGUACUGGCAAGACAACACCAAGGAGUACUUCAACGCUUUGAAGUACCCGCAGGGCGACGGCAAGCCUUAUAGCGCCAGAUACAUUGGAUCCAUGGUUGCUGAUGCUUACCGAACCCUGCUGUAUGGCGGUAUCUUUGCGUACCCCGCGGACAAGAAGAGUCCCAAGGGCAAGCUCCGAAUUUUGUACGAGUGUGCUCCGAUGGCCAUGGUGUUUGAGAAUGCUGGUGGCCAAGCCGUUGACAGCAACAUGAAGAGGAUGAUGGAGGUUGUACCUGAGCACAUCCACGACAGAUCCGGGAUUUUCAUGGGAAGUUAUGACGAGGUCGAGAAGGUCAAAUCAUUCCACAAAUAA